AUGAUGACCCUUCAUCUUGCGUUGAAACCAUCGAGGGUCAUAUCUCCUUCGCGUAUAUGGCUAGGUGCCACACGUUUCAACGUUCAAGGCUGCAAAGGCUUUGGGACAACCCACAUACAGAGGUCCGGCAAGAUUCCAUUCCAGCAUACAGAGCUGUCGACCAAAGCUCGGAAGUUAGUAGAGUCCAAAAUUUCACUAGAUGGGAAAGUCACCGUUAUCACAGGCGGUUCAAGAGGAAUCGGAUUGGAAUUAGCCAAAACAGCGGCAGCGCUGGGUAGUGAUAUCGCCAUCCUUGAUGUUCGGGAACCAGACGAAAGUAUCGCGCAAUUGCAGGAAGCCUAUGGCUCACGAUUUGUCUUUCACCAGAUGGAUGUCACCUCGAUGGAUGGCAUGGAAGCUGCUUUUGAUAAAGUCGUCCAAAAGUUAGGAAAGAUAAAUAAUUGCGUUACAUGUGCCGGUAUUGCCCUUGAUAAGCCGUUUCUAGAGCAUACCUGGGAUGAAUCACGCCGCAUUCUUGACAUCAAUAUUCUUGGGUCAUUCUUCUCAGCCCAAUUAGCCGCCAGACAAAUGAUCAAACAAGGUGACGGGGGGUCCAUAGUAAUGAUCGCUUCUAUUGCUGCUCACUGUGCCAUUCCUGCCCAGCGAGUAUCAAUUUACGGUGCCUCGAAAGGUGCAAUCAAGCUUCUAGGAAAAACACUUGCAGUUGAAAUGGCCCCAUUUAACGUGCGUGUCAAUACUAUAUCCCCGGGAUUUAUUGAGACCAAAAUGUCGGCCCAAUUUGAAGACAUUCAGGAAGUGUUCCGGAGUGUACCUCCUAUGAGACGCAUUGGCCAAGCCGAGGAUUUGGCGCUUGCAACAGCUUAUCUUCUGGGUAACGGAGCGUCUUAUACGACCGGGGCAGAUAUUGCAGUGACUGGUGGACUGCACAAUGGCCGCAUUGAACUUUAA